AUGCGGACGGCGGAGGCUGGCCGCGAGUCGUUCUGGCGCCCACUGGUCGCCUUGGCUCUCCCCGGCCUGCUGCUCCUGGUUGUUUCUUUGGCCGUGCUCGCUCCCGCGCAUGGUAAGAGGAUAUGGGGUGACCCUUGGUGGGAUAUUGGCUAUCAAGGGCCAGGAUUGCAGUCGCCCGCGGAGGUCCCUGACAGCCUGGGCAGCCUGGGCUUUAUCGGUGUGGGCGUGACAUAUCUCGGUUCGUACAUGCACACGAUGUUCGCAGAGUGUGCCGCCGAGAGCACUCUCUUCAAGGAGGCAAUGUACUCAGCACCCCUGCCCCGCCCUCCGGACGCAAAACCUCGCCAGCCGUUGGCCUUGGUCGUGAGCGGUGGGGGCUUCCGCACCAUGACGGCCGGCAUCGCCUAUGCUCGCUCGCUCUCCUUUGCAUUUGAGGCGCUGGGCGGGCAGCUCGGGUGGGACGACAUCACGCACCUCGCCGGCAACUCGGGUGGGCAGUGGUUUGCGACCCAACUAGCCUUUUCGCGCCAGUUCUUCCUCGAGCUCACGCGGCGCGACGCCAACGGAAGAUAUGUCAGCCUAGGUCACUUCUUCGACUUGUGGGGCUUGAAUUACGCAAAAGGCAUGUACACGGGAGACACGCCCUCCUUUGACCUUUACGACCGCUGCGCUGGCUCCCGAGUCACCUCCAAAGUCAUCGGUUUGGUUCUCGGCGCGAUUGCGUGGGGACUUGAGCUGGCUCACUUCCCAGCGUACAACUGGCAAUCGUAUAUUGACCAUAUGCUCCAUUGUAGCAUUCCCGACUACGAGUCGCUUACGUUUGACGACCUGCGGCCGGGACUGCCGGAAGCGGCCCUCGUCGAGCAGCUUGCCCUUCCGCCCGACACCUGGGUGGGGAAGGACGCCGACGUUGAGCGAGUGGACGUGGAGCUGCCGCAAGGGGUCCCUGCAGACGCAACACUGCCGCUCGCGCACAUCGCCAAGGCUCGCUCGUCGCAGGGUGGCUACGACGGCUUCUUCGCGCCCGCUUUAGGUGCCGGUCCCACUUUGCAAAAGCAACCCUACACCUGCGACUGCGGGUGGACUUGGUGGACCAACUGUCCGACGGAGAGGUCGAUGCUGUGGCACGCCAGAGAUGACGGGUCGCCGUGCUACUCCCACUGUUGCAACCCCACCCCAAAUCGGCCUCGGCCCCUUAGCCUGCGCACGCGCUUCAGCAACAGCUCGACGACGAGCCUGAGCGUCGUGGCGGCGAUGUCGUCGGCGGCUGCCGGUCUGACCAGCUCGCCGACUAUCGCAAAGAACGCCCUUCACACGGUCUUGGGGGCGAUGGGGCCCAAGACACGGGACGCCCUGGUGACCGCCAUGGCCGACGAGGCCGACUCGCUGGCAUCGCCAGCAGACGUGGCAGAGGCGAGUACGAAAAUAUCAAAGGCAGAGGUGCGGGGCUUCGAUUGGACGCUCGACAAGAUGGACGAGUUUAUCGACACGUGCACGCCGUUUGGGCUGCAGACUCUCGGCGUUGGCCUCGAUUUGGAGUGGGAGAACCAGCCACCGCUGCCGGAGGAGGACAAGCGGGCGUGGUCGCCACCGUACCGCGGCAUCGAUGGCGUCUACGUCGACAAUACCGCCAUGAUUAUGACUCUUGCCAAUAUGAUUUACGACUGUGAGCACGACGUGACGGUCGACUGCCGCGACAGGAAGCUGGAUCUGGUGCUCAUCAACGAUGACGACUCCUCGCAGCCGAGCACCAAUGCGAUCGGGCCGAUGUUUCGGGACUACGGCGUGCCGGUGGGGUCGUUUGAGCCGUCCGGAAUGUUCACCUCUGUUCCGUCGCGCAGAAUCUUUGCGGAGGACUACCCCUCGCCGGAGCGCUGGACGCGCUACUUCACGCCCGGGGCGGAUACCCAUCCCUUCAAGGACUUCCAGCCCUCCCGCCUGCCUGCCGAGAUCAUCUCGGGCCUAGCAAACGGCCGCCUUGCCGAGUCCUUCGGGGUCUUUGCCGAAUCGACCUUGGCUGCAGCGAUGGCCAAGACGGGUGCCAAAGCGAAUGACGUCUACAAUUCAGCAGCAAACGUGAUUAACCUACUCGCUAAGGUGAACCGGUCCAAUGAAGGGGGCGAAGCGGCCGCCGCAGAGGUGGUCUCGAGAUACCCAGGGUCGAACUUUACCCAGGGAGAGUUCACGACGAUUGACAACCCGCGGUGGGGCGUCAAGGCCGGGUACACCGUCAACUUGCUCAUCUUUUGCAUAUCCUAUCCGAGCGAUCCACUGCUGCGAGGGGGAAUGGGUACGGACAACGACCCGCUCAUCCUCGGCCCGCUCACGGCCGCCGCCUUCUUCCGCACGCUGUACGAGCCGAUCGCAAGAGACGAGAUUGAACACGCGACCCCGCACCUGACAGCCUGGCUCCGCAAGCGCGCGAAAGAGCGAAAUCUAAAAGCGUCGAAGGGCUGGGCGUGA